AUGAACACUUUUUUUCGCCUCUUCCGUCGAGUUCGAGCUCUACCCAGACGAAAGACUUUUGGCUAUGGAGGAAGGCGAGAGCUGGUGCUGUUAAGCCUUUCUUUGAUCUGUCGAAUCCAUGAACUAGUGUACAUUUUAGAGUCAGAUAGACAACAUUUCAGUAUGGAAAGAUUCCUGAGCUGGUGGUGCGACACUUUCAUCGUCUUCGGCAUCAACAUGAUGAUGCAAAUGAGCUUUCUACGAUCCGAACUACAGGACCUGGAACGGCCGCACGGACUUCAGCCACGACGCCAGCACUUGCGGACUGUCCGCCGGAAACUGAAUGAGUGCUUGGCCCUAUAUAGAGAGAUUUAUGCCCUGGCCACUACGUUUCAGAAGCUAACCGAUUUUCCGUUCUUCUUGAGCAUCGUUCAUAAUUAUACAUUACUUGGUGUGGUCAUUUACCGUUUGACUAUCGUUGGAUGGUUCGAUAAGCAUAAAAUUCAGCUAAGUAUUCUGACGACUAAAGUGAUUCUUGACUUUUUUCUCGUAACUAUGGCCGUUGAAGGAGCAAUGACUCAGUUUAGGGUCAUUCGGCGACUCAGUCUGGAGAACUGCUAUAUCAGCGACCAUAAAGAUUGGCACACGACAUUUGAUAUGUUCGUCACCCAUUUGAGUCUAUAUGAAUUUCGCGUCCGUGUUCUGGGUCUUUUCGAUGUCUCCAACGAGCUGGUCUUGAUAGUCCUUUCCGCUCUAGUCACCUUUGUGAUAUAUGUCGUCCAAUAUAGAAUGCAGUCGACGGGGGAAGCGGAAUAG